AUGGAUACUGUAUAUCAGAGAUUUUAUAUCACCUCUUGGUUCUUGAAACCUGAGCACUGUCUCGCUCCUUGUCCAGCCACUAUUCCAUUUAUUCGAGUCUUCGGCUUCGUGGAUCUCUACAAGGCUUCUACAUGCUCUCGCAGUCUCGUUCCAAUCUGGCAGCAACAGAGACCUGCUCAUGGCAGAACGGAUAAUGCCCAAAUCGCAGAAAACGCAGCUCAGAGAAUCCGCAUAUUUAUCCCUUCCAAGCAAGUGCUCUAUCAAGGAUACCGUUCUCGUCCAUCGAUCGAAGACGCGGGGGUGACAACAGAAACCCAACGCAACAACGGCACAACUCGAACACAAAAGCAUCUCGAUUCUUCUUCUUCUUUCAUGGCCAUCUCUUGA